AUGAACUUAGACUCUAGCAUGCACGCCUCGAAGUUACUCCAUCUGCCGACUGAGAUCAUCCAGCUUAUUGUGGAUCACCUGCGGCCCGACGAAACCAUAUCGCUUCUCGUUGCAGUCCCAAAACUCGCCGACCUCGUGACUGAUGAGCAACUCCGGUGUCAAGACAGAUGGAGCUAUACCAUAUUGUACUAUGCCGUUGCUGAGAAUGCCGAAGCAAUCGUCAACCUCAUUGCGAGAGGUUGUGCUCAGGACCAGGUCGCAACAAAAUUGCUAAAAUGCUUAUUCAAUGCUGGUUUUGACUUGUCGGCCAAGGAUCUAGGGGGAAAAACUCCGCUUCAUUGGGUUUGUUCUCAAAGCGGCAGGAACAGCAAUUUUGCUGAAAUCGUCCAGCUCAUGCUCGCUAAGGGGGCCGACCCCUCGAUUGUCGCGAGAUUCCAGGAAACACUUCUGCACGCUAUUCUUCAGGCAGACCGGAAACCCAACCUCGCCGUCGUCCAGAUGGUGAUCGACGGUGGGGUAGAUGUCAACGCCUUGGACAUUGAUGGGAUUUCGCCUCUCUGGUUGUCUGUCACCAAUGACCCCCCGUCGAUUUUACACGAGGCGGUUGCAUUUGAACGAGAGAAGCUGGUGAAACGCGCCGUGGAGCUCGGUGUUGAUCUAUCGGUGCGGGACCACGAAGCAGAGACCGCAUUGAUGGUAGCUGCUCGUUAUGGGCCUGACAACAUUGCUCAGAUACUCCAAUGCAGACUGUUGGAACAUGGUCGUCCAGACCCAGGGCAAGUUUGGAGUAGAGACACACACCAGAGUUCACAUGAAUUGACGAGAUGCCUUAUUCGCUUGAGGAACUUCAGCCACUUAGUUUUGAUGGUGGAGUUGCAGGGGUGCCGCAGUUCGCUGAAGAUACUCUGUGAGAAAGUUCGGCGCUGGGAAAUCUUCGACGAUGUCUUCAUUUCUGGUAAACUAAGAGUACGCAAGCCCGCGCGAGCUUUUUACGAGCAAGUCCUCAAAGCUGCUAGACUUCCGGGCCAAUCUACCAAGUUGUACAAUCUGGUCGGGGAGCCCGCACAAGAGGCGAUGGGUCACUGGAACGUGUUUGCCUACGGGCCACCGGUGCUAUCAACAAAUACUUAUCCGGACGACUUGGGCACUACGGCUCUCGCUCUGAUGGCAUUUGACGUUGCUGAGGAGAUCAGACAUAAGACUAUGGAUGACAUGUUGCAUUAUCUAAAUCCGGACGAUUGGUAUACUCGCUGGGACACAAUGAGGCUCCUUGUUGCUCAGUUAUACUUCGACUCCACCCGGCCGCAUAUCGACCCCUUCACCUCAGCCAACAUGCUCCGCAUAUUCUACCGCAAUGGUCGGGGCAGUCAGCUGAUAGCUACUCGGCACUUCAUGGAGGACAUGCUGCGAACGCGUGCAUAUGAGCAUGGUACUCGUUAUUAUCACCUCCCAGAUUUCUUCAUGUAUUAUCUCAGCGAUAUGAGUGUCCACCACAGAGAGGAUCAGGACCUCCAUGCCCUGGAGGUUCUCUUGCGUCAGCGUCUUCAGGAGCGCAUGGGCUUCACUACACAUGCACCCAGCACUGCUCUUCGUCUAAUAUCCUCUAACAGCAUGGAGAUGAGCAACAUCCAACCUGACGCCACGAAUAUGUUACAGGACGAAAACUAUGGUCUGCAUCCCAAGUCUUUCUAUAAUUUGGAGAUGCAUGGAAAGGUUGAGUUUACAGCAAUCUCGCAUGAGGGUAAUAUGGACCCUAUGAACCUGAUGCAAAGCUAUGCGACAAAUUGUACGACAGCCACUCAUUAG